AUGCCAACACAUUCAACAAGCAAUCAACACAAUAACGCUCAAAAAAGCAAUCAGUAUCUUCAUUCUCAUCACGAAUUAACCAAAGCCGACUCUAAAAGUUCAGAUCUAUCCAAUGUCACUGUAGAAGUUAUUGGUACGCAUAAGGAUAUUCAAUUGGAUGAUGAUUCAUUGGAGAUUAAGGGAAAUUUAAAGAUUAAGAGAAUUACACAGUCGAUUGUCGAGUGGGAUAUUCCAAUCUAUGAUGAUAUUAUUAUUGAGAGAAUAUACGGAGAGGGGAAAUUGUAUUAUCAUGAUGAUUAUCAGACUAGUCAUCAUCAUCAACACGUACAAAAUCCUCAACUCUUGAAACAUCAACAAUUAAUUUAUGAUAGUCGUUCCUCUGAUAGAAUUCUAUGCUCCAAUACAAAAUAUAUUCGCUUACAUAGUGGUCAUGCCUAUCUGUUCAAACUUGCAAAAUAUGAAGACUCGGAUGAAAUUGUGGUGCAUUAUAGAAAUAAGUACUCUUUGGAUCUGUAG